AUGGCAGUGAAUGGCCAAUCUGCGGUUAAUGUGCCACAAGCUGAGCAAAAUUUACUCGGUGAAGCAGUCAACCCACAACAUCACCUACACGACCCAUCACAGAGGCCACUUCAUGUUAUUGUCGUAGGUGCAGGGCCGUCUGGAAUUGCUACAUUGAUACGACUCAAAGAACUGUCCCAUGUCUCUUUCCAAUGCUUUGAGAAGAAUGCAGAUGUUGGCGGUACGUGGCUGGAGACUCGCUAUCCGGGAGCCGCCUGCGAUAUUGCAAGUCACGCAUACCAGUAUACCUUCGAGUCAAAGAAGAACUGGACAAGACACUUCGCUCCCGCUGAGGAGAUAGGAGAAUACUUCAUCUCAGUUGCUAAAAAGCACGACCUCCACCCGCAUAUCUCUUUCGACUCGCGGGCGGUCAGUGCUUUGUGGGAUGAGAGAACCUCCAAGUGGAGGAUCACAAUCGCUAGUAAACUAGGCGAUUCUAAUGAUGCAGAUCUGCAAAGCACUGUUCAUGAGGCUGACAUCUUCAUCAAUGCUGGUGGCAUUCUAAAUAAUUGGAAAUGGCCUGAUAUUAAGGGCCUAAAUAAUUUCCAAGGACAGCUGGUUCACACUGCAGCUUGGGAUCAGAGCAUUGAGCUCAAGGACAAGAGCGUGGCAAUUAUCGGCAGUGGGGCGAGCAGCAUCCAGGCUGUACCCAGCAUACAGCCAGUUUGCGCAAAACUCGACGUAUUUGUCCGAAGCCCAACUUACAUCCUGCCAACCGUGGGUUUCGGAGUUGAAUCGUCCACCUACAACGAGAUUUACACGGCUUCGCAAAUCGAGAGAUUUACAACUGAUCCCGCGUACUACCAGGCGUUCAGAAAGAAAAUCGAACAACAAAUGAAUGAGAACUUUGCCGGCAGCAUCAAAUUAUCGAAAAACCAGACUGAAGGUCAAUUGUGGGCCGAAACCAAGAUGAAGGAGGCUAUCAAGUCACCUGAGUUGCAAGAGAAGCUGGUCCCAAACUGGGAGCUGGGCUGCAGGCGAAUCACACCUGGCCUGCCUUACCUAAACGCCGUCCAGGAGCAAAAUGUCGACAUCGUCAGGUCUGGAAUCACUCAGAUCGCUAGGGAUGGCAUUUUUACAGACGACGGCCAAUUGCACAAGGCAGAUGUCAUCAUAUGUGCCACCGGCUUUGACACAUCCUUUAACCGGUACGAGAUCACUGGUAGAGGCGGCAUCACUCUCAGUAAACGAUGGGAGUCCAAGGGUCCAGAGGCCUAUCUGGGCACAGCGGUGGCAGGGCUGCCCAACUACUUUGUUAUCUUGGGGCCAAAUUGUCCGAUUGCCAAUGGCUCACUGAUUCCCUGUAUAGAAUCCAGCGUGGACUAUGUUAUGCAAGCCAUUGUAAAAAUGCAAAAGGAUCAGAUCAGGUCUAUGGAAGUCAAGCAGACCAUUCAGGAUGCUUUCAAUGACUACGUGCAGGAAGUACAUCAGGGCCUAGUCUGGACUGGCGCCUGUAAUAGUUGGUACAAGGAUCGACUUACAGGGCGAGUGACCGCCGUCUGGCCGGGUUCGAGCAUUCACUUCAUGGAGAUGCUGCAGACUCCGAGGUGGGAGGACUACGAGCUGCAGUAUAUGAAUGCAAACACAUUUAAGUUCAUGGGUAAUGGUACGUCCAAGCGGGAGGCGUAUGGUGAAGAUCUGACAUUCUAUCUUGACGAUAAAGUAUUUUAA